CUCGCUGUCGAUUUUCACCAAGGAAUCAUGGCGUCUAGUCAAUUUACUGUCGCGUCUCCGCCGACGGAUGCUAUCUCCGCUUUGAGGUUCUCCCCCAACCCCGAAUCCACGCGAAUCGUUGCCUCUUCCUGGGACAAGAAUGUGUAUCUGUACGACCUGCGCGAUGAAAAUGGCGCUGUAGGAGAGGGCAAGCUGCUUCAGAAGUUCGAGCACCGUGCUCCGGUGUUGGACGUGUGUUUCGGAGCAACAGAGGAUGAGAUCUACACGGCUGGUUUGGAUUGGGACGUCAGGAAAAUUGAUAUAGCGUCAUCUACACAAACCGUGCUCAGCACCCACGAAGCCGGUGUCCGAAGCGUCGUCUACAGCAAGGAGCACAACCUAGUCAUAUCCGCAUCCUGGGAUUCCACAUUGCAUGUGCACCACACGAACGACCCCGCUACCGCCCCCGCUGUCAUUCCCCUUUCAUCCAAGCCCUUCUCCGUGUCUCUUACUGCUACCAAGCUCGUUGUCGCAAUGGCCUCCCGCGCCCUACACAUCUACGACCUCAAGGCACUGGCUCUCCUCUCCGCUCAGUCGGAGGGUGAAGGGUCAAACAAGAUUGAGGUUGAACCUUGGCAACGAAGGGAAAGCAGUCUGAAGUUUAUGACCCGCUCUGUGGCGUGCAUGCCCGACGAUGCAGGAUACGCUUCGUCGAGUAUCGAGGGACGUGUCGCGGUCGAGUGGUUCGACCCCUCUGCUGAGUCUCAGGCACGGAAGUACGCCUUCAAGUGUCACAGGCAAACAGCAGAUGAUAUCGAUGUGGUGUACCCGGUCAAUGCGCUCGCGUUCCAUCCUGUUCAUGGUACGUUUGCGUCUGGCGGUGGUGACGGCGUGGUUGCUCUCUGGGAUGGUAUCGCGAAGCGCAGAAUCAGACAGUACCAGAAGUACCCGUCUAGCGUCGCUGCGGUGGACUUCAGCGGCAAUGGAAAGUACCUGGCGAUUGCCAUCAGUCCGGGUUUCGAGGAUGGAAAGGACGACGUUGUUGAGGGGGCGGUCAAGAUCUUUGUGCGUGAACUUGGGGAGACGGAAGCGAAAGGAAAGGGCGCCAAAUAAAGAUGUUGUAUUAUAAAAAUAUCCGUCCCAAGGUCUGGCGCGCGGAGAUCUGGUGUUCCUAAUCUUGGUUAAUGAUCUUAUGUCUACGACAUGCCAUAGAAAGCGUAAAACAAUUAAAUUCGUGCUAA